CCCGGCGCGGAGGCCGCUGGGAGUCGUAGUCCCGCGCCUUUCAGACCCCACGGCGGAAGAGCGUCGGAGAACUACAACUCCCGUCGUGCGCCGCGGCGCCGCGCUCCCCAUUGGUCAACGCGCCCGCGCGAGGCACGACGGGACGGAGGACCCGGAAGCGGACGGUGGGCGCUCCCCAUGGCGACAGCGGAGCGGCGCGGGGUUCCGCCAUGUCCUUCAAGCGGGAUGGGGACGACGCGGGGCAGCUAGCGGUGCUGCAGCGGAGACGCGUGGCGGAGCUGCUGGCCAAUUACAUCCCGGAGGACGAAGCGCUGCUGCUGAGGAGCGGGAGAUACGCCUGCACGGUUUGCCCGCACCGCCCCGUCUUCGACACGCUGGAGGUGCUGGCGGUGCACCGGGCCGGCAGGAAGCACGUGGGCAGUGACGCUGCCCCCACAGCCACGAAGGAGCACAGAGAUGCAGUGGAGGCCACUGCUGCAGUUCUGCUGCCAGGGCACUGCGGUGGGAGAGGAAGUGGGAGAGGAGAGGCAGCAGUGGAUUCCAUCCACACCCAGCAGGACGGUCUGAGGGGGGCUCAGCCAUCGCCACCCCCCAGUCAGCCUACAGCUGUCAGCCCCACACGGCGCCAGGUGCUGCAGCGAUACCUACAGCUGCGGAGUGCCGGAUGGAUCCAGGACCCUUCUGGGAAGUGGGUGAAGGAUGAGAACGCUGAGUUUGACUCUGAUGAGGAUGAGCCCCCCGCGCUGCUGCCCACCUGAGGUGCCCAUCCUCCAGGACUUCCCCCAGCCCCACUCCUGUGAGAAUGGGGCAGCUGGAGACGAAGGGGUGUGCGGGUCCUGUGGAAAUACAGCCAGGUGCUGCAGGGAUCCGGCAUUGGGGGUCCCCUUGUUUUGUGAUCACAGAGUACCCCCUUUUUGGGGGUGUCCUUAUCGCAGCACUGUGAUCUCGAUGCGGGCUCUGGGCUGUCCUCAGCUGUCCCUACCCCAGGUCAUGCUCAGCACAGUGCACACGCAGCUGCCCAAGGGGGGUCACGGCCUUUAGGGGUGGCAGCGUUGGGCUCCCCCUACUCGUGCUCCCAGCAGCUGUCCCUGCAGUCGGCAGAGCGCCCGGCCACAUCACCCCCACCUCCCCCCAUCAGCCUGUGGGUCCUAUGGGUGCUCCCACCUCAGAGCACAGCCCCACGCCCUGCCAGCUCCCAAACCUCCACCCUGGGGAGAGACCCCUCCCCACCCUGUAUGUCCCGUGGGCCCCAGAGCUCCUGUCUGGGAUGGGAGGGGGGGCUCCCUGGCAGCGCUGCCCCGGCUGAUGUUACACCUGGGCACUGGGAUUUACCCGCUUGCUCAGCUCGGGGCCAUAAAUAGUUGUUGGGAUGGGUGCCAGGCUUGCAGUGGGUGCCAGCACCAACCCGACACUGGGCUGGGGGGCUCUUCCCAGAGUCCUGCAGACCCCCACCCACACCACAGCCACACAAUGCCAGCCGCUAUGGGCCCUGGGUGCCUGGCUCUUAGCCCCAUGGGUGCCCAUCUCCAUGCUGGGGGUGCCUCACUUCCCCCCCCCCCCAAAAUCUUGGCAUUGCUCCGGGCCCUGUAACCCAAUCCCUUGGGUAUAAAUACCCCGACUGUGCAGCUCACUGCUUCCUGAGGGGAUCCAGAGGUCCGGCUGGGCCCUUUAACGAGCCCUUCGUUAAUGGUUCAAGGUAAUUGGGGCCCUCUGGGUCUCAAGCUGUGAAAUAGGGCAUUACACUCCACAAGCCAGCUUCA